CAUACUUCAAACUAAGGAAAAAAAAUUAGACAAAAGAAAGAGAGAAAAAAUAUCAAAGAUAUGGAGAAGAUUAAUGACAAGGGACUUGUAUGUGUAACUGGUGGAACAGGUUAUGUAACAUCUUGGUUGAUAAUGAGGCUCCUUCAAUCUGGCUAUUCUGUUAAUACCACCAUUAAUAAUAAUUUGGAUCAAGAAGGAUCAAGUUUCUUGAAGAAAUUACCAAAUGCAUCCCAAAAACUUAAAAUUUUCAUAACAAAUCCUGAAGAUCCUGAAAGUUUUUAUCCAGCAAUUGAAGGGUGCAAUGGGGUUAUUAUUGCUCAUUCUGUUGAUUUUGAGGAUACAUACGACGAUGAGGAGAUAAAAAUUCAACGAUCCAUCAACGUGAUUUUAGGAAUUUUGAAGGCAUGUUUGGUAUCGAAAACAAUAAAACGUGUGAUAUAUACUUCGAGUGAUGCUACACUUUGUUUUAAUGAAGGGUGUCCAGAUGUAGUAGAUGAAAGUUGGUGGAGUGAUGUGAAUUUUAUCAAAAAAUUGAAACCUUCAGGGUUUUUUUAUUGUAUAAGUAAGACCUUAAUAGAAAAAGAAGCAAUAAAUUUUGGAGAAAAAUGUGGUUUGGAUCUUGUAUGUAUCAAUCAUGCUUGGGUUUUUGGCCCAUUUGUUACUCCUCAAUGUCCAAUACUUGUUCUUCGACAAAUGCCCAUGAUUAUAGAAGGUAAUUGGACAAAUAUUGAGUAUGAUGCUGGCGCUAUCCCAUUCGUGCACGUGGAUGAUGUGGCUAGAGCUCAUAUAUUUCUUUUGGAAUGCCCAAAAGCUAAAGGGAGGUACAUUUGUUCUUGUGUAGAUGUAACUCCAGAUGAAUUGUCUCAAUUUUUAAGGGGUAGAUAUCCUCAAUACCAAAUUCCUAAUUUUGAUUGUUUGAAGGUCAUGACAAAAGCAUUCAAGUUCCCUCAUCUUUCUUCUAAGAAACUGUUGGACAUUGGAUUUAAGUACAAGUACAAUCUUGGAGAUAUGUAUGAUGGAGCCAUUGCUUCAUGCAAACAAGUUGGUUUAACUCUAGGUUGA